UAUAUGCCUUCCGCGUCUGUUAAUCUGACGUGAGUAUUGAAUGACAGAUUAGCAAAUUUUCAUCCGCACCCUGGCCAAAUUUACGUACGAACUUGAAAAUUCCUGUGACCAAAAAUGAGGGAAUGCAUCUCCGUCCACAUCGGCCAAGCUGGAGUCCAAAUUGGUAACUCGACAUGGGAGCUAUACUGCUUGGAACACGGCAUACAACCCGAUGGCACCAUAUCUCAAGCUCGGGAAAUCGUCUCAGAUAAUUGCUACGGGACCUUCUUCUCCGAGGUCGAGAAUGGAAAACUGGUACCAAGAGCUGUGAUGGUCGACUUGGAACCAACUGUCGUUGACGAGGUACGCACUGGGUGCUACAAGAAGCUGUACCAUCCUGAACAGCUGAUUACCGGUAAGGAAGACGCUGCUAACAACUACGCUAGGGGCCACUAUACAAUUGGAAAAGAGAUGCUCAAUAUCGUUAUGGAGAGAUUGUAUAAGCUUGCCGAGAACUGUCAUGGCUUGCAAGGCUUCUUCGUGUUCCACUCUUUUGGUGGAGGUACAGGCUCAGGAUUUACUUCUCUGCUGAUGGAGAAGCUGUCUCAAGAUUUUGGUAAGAAAAGCAAGCUGGAGUUUGUCGUCUAUCCGGCGCCUCAAGUAUGCACUGCUGUAGUCGAGCCUUACAACUCUAUCUUAACUACACAUUCAACCUUGGAUCACUCUGAUUGUGCUUUUAUGGUAGACAAUGAAGCGAUCUACGACAUCUGCAGGAGAAAGCUAGGAAUUGAAAGACCAGAUUACAUAAACCUAAACAGACUGAUCAGCCAAGUAGUAUCAUCGAUAACAGCGUCUUUGAGAUUCGAUGGUGCACUGAACGUUGACCUCACAGAAUUCCAAACCAACUUAGUUCCUUACCCCAGGAUUCACUUCCCUCUAGCCUCCUAUGCACCAGUUGUGUCUUCCGAAAAGGCUUUCCAUGAAGGAAUGAGCGUUGCAGAAAUAACAGCAGAACUGUUCGAACCAACUAACCAAAUGGUGAAGUGUGACCCAACGGAAGGCAAAUAUAUGGCAUGUUGCUUACUCUACAGAGGAGAUGUUGUGCCCAAAGACGUCAACGUAUCCAUAGCCUUGAUGAAGGCUAAGAGCAACGUUCGAUUUGUAGACUGGUGUCCCACAGGGUUCAAAGUUGGAAUCAACUACCAACCCCCCACAGUUGUUGAAGGUGGUGAUUUGGCGGCGGUCCAAAGAGCGGUUUGCAUGUUAUCGAAUACCACAGCUAUCGAAUCUGCUUGGCAGAAACUGAACAAGAAGUUUGAUUUGAUGUAUGCAAAGAGGGCCUUUGUCCAUUGGUACGUCGGAGAAGGCAUGGAACAAGGGGAGUUCGCUGAGGCUAGGGAAAACUUGGCAACUCUGGAGAAGGAUUACGAAGAGGUGGCCAGCGAGACUUUGGAUAGUGGAGAUGAGGAAGUGGAGUGAAUGAUUUUGAAUUUUUGGUAAUGACGUACGAGGUGCACGAAUACAUUUAAUCUUUGUCGAAUUUAAAUUAAUAAUAAAUUUUGGAGUAAAUUUGCAUUUAUAUA